UGGGAAGUUUGGAGGGGACCCAGGAAAAGCGGAGAACACGCAAGUAUUGGCCCUUCUAGGAACUGUCAUGCUUGGGUGAAUGCGUUUCCCGCCGGGCCAGUGACGCUGCGGAAAGGAUCGCGGCGGUCCUGAUGGUGGGGGAGCAUGUCGAGUUUCUCUAGGGCGCACCAGCAAUGGGCCACAUUUGCUCGAGUUUGGUAUCUCUUAGAUGGGAAAAUGCAGCCCCCUGGCAAACUUGCUGCUCUGGCCUCCGUUAAACUUCAAGGAUUACAUAAACCUAUGUACCAUCCACUGAGUGACUGCGGUGAUCACAUUGUCAUAAUUAACACAAGGCACAUCGCAUUUUCUGGAAACAAAUGGGAACAAAAAGUAUACUCUUCACACACCGGGUACCCAGGGGGAUUCAAACAAGUAACAGCUGCCCAGCUUCACCAGCAGGAUCCAGUGGCUAUUGUAAAACUGGCCAUUUAUGGCAUGCUGCCAAAAAACCUGCACAGAAGGACUAUGAUGCAGAGGUUGCAUCUCUUCCCAGAUGAGAGCAUACCAGAAGAUAUUCUCCGGAAUGUAGCGGAAGAGCUGCCACAACCACGGAAGGUGCCCAAACGCCUGGACGAGUACUCGCGCGAGGAAGUGGAGGCUUUCCCCAGGCUGUGGACUCCGCCUGAUGACUUACGGCUGUAGGAGAGUGAAGACUGCAGAAAAUCGCAGUGAAGUGAUUGAAACUUCCUCCUGCUAAGCCUCUCCUAGCCCAGGGGCCGCGUGGAACAUUGUUGCAUUGAACAGGAAACCCGUUAAGGGUGCUGAGAGUUUUUGGAAAGAGGUCAGGAAGGGAUCUUCCUUCAACAGGAAGUUGCAGUAAAUGUAUUUUGUGGAAUUGCUUUAUCGUGUAAUUGGAUUUGAAUGUUAUCAGUGGCGAUAAGAAUAAAAUUGCGUCCUUGGCUA